AAGACAGGAUGAGGCCCAUUCAUUGAGAUCAUCACCUGUCCUCAGCUCCAUUUAGAAACUGUGAGAAAGCUGGGGUUCGCCCUGGGAGUGAGAACUGAGUAGGUUAAGGGGGAGUUGGCCAUGCGACCACUGGCCCCAAAGAUUCUCAGGCAGUGACAGUUGCUGGGGGGACAGUUAGAACCUGAGGCAGUUGGAGAGGCUGUGACAGCCGGCAAUCUAAUAGCCAGCAGGUGCUGUUGGCAAGCAGCUGGGGCUGAGGCAGGGUGAAGACCCAGGAAAUAUCACAUCAUUGAGACCCUCUAUCCUCUUUUGCGUCACAGUUCCCCAUUGCAAGCUUUGGUGGAAGGUGCUGAGAAGGUGGAGAGCUGGAGGGGCGAGUGCUCUUCCACUUUAGCUGCAAGGUGUGGGGUGAAGCUUACCCCAAGGAGCAGGGGUGGGACCAGAGGGACCCGACCUGCAGGGACAAGUUUUUCCUGUUCUUCCACCUCUGUGGUCAGGUGUUUUCUCCUGUUCCACCACCUCUGUGGUCAGGUGGCCCCUGCACACUCUGGUUACUUACUUGGCCCUCAUGAGCACAGCCAGGUGGGAGUCAGUCUGGUCCUUUACUAAAAGGCCAGUGGAACAAAUGGGAAGACCAGGUAUUCCCCAAGGAGAUCAUUGCCCUUGGCAGUAGCAUCUGCCGGAGGUGUUGGACUUGACCAUGAUUUUGGCUCCCAGUUCCCUAACAACCUGUGUGAAAGGAGGAGGGAACGCUCCCUCCCAAUUCCCACAGCUGUCACUUGGCCCUCACUGCUCUCAAGUGAGUGGGACGACUGGCUUUUCUGGGUGGCCUACCUCCACUCUACUCUUCACAAAACAGCUGGAAUUUGAAAGUGGGGCCCUUCCUUCCACAAGCCCUUGCAUGGCCUCGGAGACUUCCCUGGCCUUAGGCCCCCGCACUGCCCUGCUAACUACCUGCCUGACAUCACUGUAUGCUUCCUCCUCCUGGGGACUGUCUCCCUGCCUGCCUCUGGGGUCCUGCAGGUCUCACCAAGAGCACACAUUCUGGAAAGCACGCCUGUCUCCCAGCGCCUCCCUGCCUGGUCUCUGCCUCCAGUUACACUGUCCAGGGCCGUGGUCACAGAGCAUGGGUGUUUCUCUGGUCAGGUCUGUCCAUUGGUGACUUUGUUUUCUUCCUCCAGUGCUGAAUGCACACGCGGUACAAAGCUGAUAAGUGAACAAACUCCAGAUUUCUCCUUUGGGCAAGCUGGCCUGCAUUCUGCCAUGAGGAAGACUUCAUUUGCGCCUUGCUCACUUGCUAGGAAGUUUUGGUGGCUUGGAGUCUUACGGGCUGAUGCUACAGUAUCGCAGUGGGGCUCUCAUAGGCACCAGGAUUUAACACUCUGGCCAAGGCGGUCCCUGGAGAAACCCAGCUCUUUUUGGACUGUGGUUGGGGCUGUCUCUCCUGCACACUAGGUGCCUCCCAACUCCCUUCAACAAGCCUAUGGCCUCCUUACAUUAAACUCUGAUUUCUCUUCCUCUGAAUGAUUUUAAGGGUUCGUUUUUGGCCCUGAUCAUACUACUUUAGCCUAUGUCUUUCACUGGUAAUUGUUUUUGUGUGUCUGAUUUCCCCUCAGCUACUUUUAAACUUUUAAAGGGUGAAGACUCUUGGUUUUGUGCUUCUCACAAUGCCUCCAAGGACGUUAACCAAACUCCGACAUACAACCCUCUGCACUGAAAUCAGAAAUAUGUGGUUCCUGGUAGAAUAUAAGGAUGUGAGAGUGCAUGUGCACAUGGGCAGUCAGGGGUUUUGUUUGUUUGUUUGUUUGUUUUACUGUUUUGAUCACUCUUACACCCGCGGAGCUUGAGUGUAAGUGCUUGGAGUACUGACACUAGUUAGUUGAAGAAAGUAAUUUUUUAAAACAUGGUGGGGAAAAUACACAGGCUCAUUCUUACUCUGAAAAGUUCUAAUAAUAAAAAGCUGUUAACAUGGCAGCAAUCUUCCCAGUUUUUCCUGAUCAGUGGUUUUGAGUUAUUUUGAAUAAUAUAUUAUAAUUUACUACUUAUGUAUUAUAAAUAGUAUAUAGUAAUAAUUUAUCGGUUGGUUUCUGACAUGUUGAACCCGACCAAAUAACAGCACUGCUAGCAAGAUUGGUUUAAUCUACAGGAAAAUAGUAUUGGAUGACAAAAGUUUGCUUCCUAGCUGAAUACUUCAGAGAUGUGACCCUUAGGCAGGGCAGCAGCUUCUUAAAAGCAGAUUUGCAGAAGGGCAGCUGGAAUACAGGGAGGAGCUCUUCUCUGUGAUUCCAGAGACUUACUGCCCUGCUGUGCCCUAGGCGAAGCAGCCCUGUGACUUUGGGAGGGGAAUAAAUAGGAGGAGGUCUUACUGGGUUCCCUUGAAUUUUAACACUGGAAGGGAUAUUAUAUCAGUCAUUCAAGCUUUUCCCAAAGGUUGCCCUGAUGGAGAUGGGGGAAAAUGUGGACUGGGGUCUGGGGGUCAUGCUGCUGUGGGGUGACAGCAUGACAUAUCUGGAACUUGAGUUGAUGGGCAGGUGCAUUACACAGAUAAGAGAUGCGUUAACUUGUGCUACCUCACCGCUGAGUUUCUGGGCCUGUGACGCUGAUGACCGAUCGAUCCACCCAGGAGGCAGGCAUCUUUCUUGGUGUAAAGAUCUGACCUCCAAAGAUUUUAGGGGAGAUGAUCUGUGUGCAAAAUGGUUCACACAGUUAAAAGAAUCUGAAAAAGAAGUGUGACAGUAAACAGGAGAUGGCAGCAUUUUAAAUUUAUUUCUUUACACUGUGAUAGGUUCCUCCCUGAUUUCAUCCUUUGUGGGCCCACAAACUUGCCCGAGGUACACUGAGAGAAUGUUUCUGCUCUCACUGUUUCUAAAACAAGAGAGUUGAAAUAGAUGAUCCCUGGACUCCCUUCAGCUUUACCAAUCUGUGAUUUAAGUUUACAUCCCUGAAAUAAUAGGUGCUAGAUAACCUUUGGCUCCGAUCCUGCCCUCUUUGGUUUACUGACCUGGUAUUUUUUGUUGGCAGCAGGAUCUGGGGCCACAAUUGCUGCAGCCCAAAACAACUAGUGAGAAACAUUGUGCAAAAUGAGUUUUAUCACUUCUCAGGCUAGGGCUUCCUUUAUCCUUGUGGAUGGGUUAGGGGGAAAGCUUCAUGCCCACACAGCACUGCCUGAAUCGCUACUAGGGGGAACUGAUGGGCAGGUGUGGAAAUUCUCAAGCUUGCUUGCCUCUCUUUUAUCCGCAGCCGAAAGUUGCUCCCAUACAACAUUUGUCAUUUUCACUGAACACAUGACUGAAAAUCCUGCCUCAGUUCCUUCCUUCCUCUGAGUUGAAAGAAUGGGACAACACUGCAGUCUGUUCCUCUUUAUUUUGUUUGCAAGUCCAAGCAUCUUGAUGCUUAGGCAUGUUUUUGCUAGCCAUGCUCCUUAACUACCAACACAACACUUUUCAGAAUACCAUGAUUACUAUUGUGUCAAAAAAAGAAAGAAUACCACGAUUAUUGAUGAGCAAUACUAUUGAUAACAACUAUAAUAUAGCAAGUACACUCAGAUUAUCAUGCAUUUUCCUUUACAAUAUUUCUAGCAGGACAUCAAAUACCCUUCCAAAUUAAUAAUUUAGCUAUUUCAAUUCACAAAGUUUUGCUUUUUGAUGAAUGCUAGCUUUGAGUCAAGACUCCUGGUUGCAAGUGACAGAAACCCAACUUAAACUAGCUUAAGCAAAAGGAAUUUCUUGGAUCAGAUCAUUCAAAAGUCUUGAAAUGCAAUAGUCUCAAGUUUGCCUAAAUCCAGGUGGCUCAAACACCAUCAAGACCCUUGCUCCAUCUCUUAGCUUCACUUUCUCUCUGCAUUGGCCUCUUUUCCAAGCAGACUCUGUAUGCAGGAGGAAUCAAAUAUGGCUUCCCUAACCUCACAGUUCAUUCUCCAAGCCAUGGAGAGUUGUUUCUUUUCUGAUAAUUGCAGCAUAAGUUCUAAGAAGAGGUCUGGCUGGACAGGCUUGGGAUGCAUGCUCCCUUCCGAAUCAGUCUCUGGGACCUGGUUGAGAAAGCACCCUGGUGGGCUGGGCCUGGGACACAUCCCCAGAACUGGGGGCCAAAGAUCAGUCUCUCCACCCCUCAUACAAAGCAUAAGAACUACGGAUGAGGAGGGCUGGAAACCUGGGUGGACACCGGGCAGGGAAAGUACUUUAUCCAUAGUAAUGGAAUGAACAAAACCGAUGCCGCCUUCCCAAGCCCCCUAGCAUUCCUGGGAAAACCUAUGUGGCCCAUAAGCUGCAUGACUGUAGGUUACAGCUACCGUGACAUCUGCCUUGGGUUUUAAAGGGACCUGACAUUUCAGGCAUGUGUGCUUACCACGUGUGGCCCUUCACGUCUUCUGCACUGGUUCCCUCCAAGUGUUGGUUUUGUUUUGUCAUUUCCCCAAGUGACAACACCUAUAUAGCAAAGAAUUUUUGACAAUGUGGCAGUUGCAUUUUCUUGCAAAUAUUUAAGAACAGGUUUGGAGCUGCACCCAAAGGCUGCCAAGUGAAGUGGGGGCUGGGGGUGGGGAAGAAGCACUGGCCCCACGUGAGAGACCCUGGGCUCAACUUGUAGGUCUCUAUUUUCAUAACACUGGUGAAGGAGCCUUAUCUCACCUCACUUUCCUGAUUGGCAAAACAGGGGUGAUUCUAUUAGUUUCUUCUGCCUUAGAGGGUUUUUUUGGGGGGGGGCAAAUGAGAGUGUGUGUGAGAGAGUGCUUUGGUAAGAUGGAUAAAGGUCCUACAAUUUAAGCUGAUAUAUAAAUGGUAUGUGGCAGGUACAUGCUUGAGUGGGGGAAUCUAAGCCUCUUCAAUGAGUUGUUCUCCUAACAAAGCUCACUUUUAUAUCCAGCCGAGACAGAGCCACCUGUUUCUGCUCCAGGGUAUGUGACAGCAUCACCAUUCUGCAAGGGCAGCAAGAGGACCAGGCAGGAGAUAGGGCCUCCUCCUGGUCAUCAGGGCCCUCCUGGGAGUGCUCCAUGAGGGACCUGGGGCUUAAAGACAGCCUGGGUUCUCGGCUGCCAGUAAACUCUGAAAGCUGCGCAGGCCAAGGAGUCUUCUGUCGCCCGCGGGGACUAUGUGGAAGGGAGGCACCUUCACAGAUAGAUUGUAGCCCAGGCACUUCACUUUCUUCACUUGAAGUGGCUAUUUUACAAAAUUGUCCUCUAGAAGCCCCGGAAACCCUGGACAAAAGCGUUCCUUCCUCUCUGCAGAGAAUGCGAAAUUCACCGGAGACCCUACACAGGGUCGGAGCUGGCCCGGGGCUGGGAUGAUCUCAGGACGCACCCCCUGCUUGGGGCCUGAGUUGCGUCUGAAGAGCUCUCAAAAGUCUGGGACUUUGGGAAGCUGCUCCACCAUCCUUCAUCUGCGCUCUGUUAAGGAUUCUGUGAGUGCCAAGCUCCUAACUGGAGGGCUGUAACUCAGAAUGAAUGAUGCCAAGCUGCCCUUUGGCCUGCCUUGCUGUCUGUUCUUCCGAAGGAAAAAAAAAUGAACUUUCUAAAGAAAACAGUACUUAGAGUGCAAGCCUAUGUGAUGAUCAGAUCGACAGUCAAUUUCAGACAACCUUUCAAUGUUGCUUGAAAGAGAGGCGGAGGAGCUGCUGCCUCAUAGGGACCAUGCAAUACGUAUGCUGGCUUGGGGACAGGUCCUUGGAUAAGCCCCUAGGAAAGCUGUGACUCCCCCCACUCCCACCCCACCUCCGAGGCUGGGAAAUGUGUGUGAGUUAAGUAGCCUCAGCCUGAGGGUGGCCCUAAGCAUACACUGGCUUCUCAUCGGCACACUGACAAAGACGUGUUCUUUAGUUCACAAGGGAUUUUAAGAAAGUUUGAAUUGGUUACAAUCAAAAACUGGGGAUUUUAACAUACACACAAAGUUGUGCUUUUGGCUCCUUUUGGGGGAAACAGACUCAUGGAAACAUCCUGCUUUGUGUGAAGUUUCAAUUUCCACGUCACAGCCAAAGGGUAUUGAAUGGACACACCCAGCCUCUUGCUCUCGGGUGUGUUUUUCAGUGGUAGCUCCUCAGGAUAAAGCGAAAACUUGCAGAGAGUCCCAUGCCAGCUCCCACAUGCUUCCCUCUCCCUCCUGCUCUGGAUCCCUCCUGACGUGACAAUGAACUUCAGCCGGUGCAUUUGAGUCCUGUAGGGUGAGUUCAUCGCCUCAGCUCUGCCCCUGGCAUAUUUUCAUUUCUUUCAUGUUCUUUGGAAGUCUUUUCCUCUUCUUUCCAAAUUAGCAACACCUUACAUGUGUUAUCGGCUCUAACAAGAUCUUUAAGAGAAUUACUUUGUUUGAAUGUUUGAGUUCUGGGUGGAAAUACAAGGUGAAUUUAGGGUCCUAAGAAGUUGCUUCCCCUGCCCUUCCCACUCCCAGACCAUAAUAAGCAAAUGUGUGGGCAGAAAUGUCAAACAACAAACAGGUUAGCAGUGUCCCUAGGCACUCCUGAGGCACCUCCUGCCCAUGCCCCCUCCACGGCCGGCAUCUCAGCUGUCUCUCAGUUGUGUCUGCCUCAUUUUCACAGUGCACUCAUUUGUCUCUGCGUAGAUGCUGACUUCUAUGUUCAGUUAGCUUUGCAACUGUGGUCAGACGGUGUCUCUUCCCCAGAAUAAAAUCCUCUCCUCACUUGGAAUAAAAUCCAAGUUCCUGGUCUGGGCUCAGAGGGUGCUGCAUGCUUGGUUUGGGGCCUGAGUCAUUGAGCUCAAUUGGAAUCUUUGCUCUCUGGGGCUGCCUGCCCCCCUGGCCUUUGUCCUGUACAGCGUCCCUGGGACACAGCCACGCUGCGUCUCCAUGCCCUCUUUGCAGAAAAGCUCUCCUGAGGCCUCUGCACUCUCUCCUUCUGGAGAACAUAGCGUCUCCAUCAUACUUUGGAGAAGACACAGGCUCCAGUCAGUAGAGGAGGGGAGGCGCCCCGCCUGGCCGGACCUGCCCCAUCACAGUGCCCUUGGGGGUCUCUGCCUGAACUUGGCUGUGUCGCUAGCUUGGAAGCUCCGUGAGGGCAGGGGGCUGGUCUGUUGAGUUCACUGCUUUGCUCGUGCCCACCAGAGUGCCUCAGUAAAAACUGUCGGGGAAACGUUUUGCUUCUCCAGUGUGAGCAUAAGCUCCUGGGCACGGGGAUGAACGGCAGCUGAAUCUCACUUUCCUUCCUUCUCCCAGUGAGUGUUCACCUGAGGCUCCCUUGAGUGUAACCAGCCAUCACAUAUGUGGCAGACACGAACGGGGGAGGACGACACCUAGAGUAACAGUUUUCAAAGUGGGGCUAUGGAUUUUCUCUUGGAAACCGGGUAAAAACUGGGAGUGCGUGAAGUGGGGGAAAAGCUCUGAUUUGGAUCCUAGUUCUGUUGCUGCCACUACCAAGCUGUGGUUCCCCGGGCAAGUAUUUUAUGCAUUCUCCAUGUCUCUCAGCCCCUCUGGUCCUUCCAUCUCGGAUCCAUGAAGGUUUCAGGAUAUUGGAAGUCACCUUUCCACUUCUCAACUUGAGACCUGGGUCCUUUUAGGCUGGCACAAGCACCAUCAUGAGGCUGUCUUCAUGUGGCUUUUUGAACAGAUGUAAAUGGGGGCUGGUUGCAUAAUCACAGAAUGACACAGGAUGAAGCAUUGUUGUUCCCAUGGGGGAGAAAAGGGACAAUGGUGAGAGAAGCAAUGGCUUCAAUGAGAAGUUGAGAGAUGUUGGAGGGAGAAGAGGGCUCUGUAGCUGGAGAACCAGGGUCCUGGGCUGUGCAUGGUCCUGAUGCUCAUAGUGUGUUGCACACACAGAUGCCCCAAUGUGGCCGAUGGCUAAUGUGAGAGAACUGGCCUGGAAAAGAAGUCUUGUCCUGGUCAUGAAGGAGGCAGAGGAGUAGGUGCAAGGAAUAUUGAACUCUGCCAUGACUCAGGUCUGUGUUACACCCAAGUUCAACAUGUACUCCACAGUGUGGGGAGGGAGAAGCUGCUUCAUGAGGUUGUUCCAGUGAGGAUCCAGCUGAAACCAAGAUGUGCAUGCAGUGCUGGGUUGAGGGGUUUGCAGGUUGGGGCUUCCCAGCUAGAUUCAGGACCUGUCUCUGGUGAAUGGCAGAUGAGUACUUGAAUGGAAAAGAAAAUUCAGUUGGGCCUUAAGGAAAAAUCUCCCCAAGUGUGUCUUCCUCAGCUGCUUCCGCUGGCCUUUGUGUUGGGUCCAAGCUACGUAUUUUUCUUUCCUACAUUCCUUAGCUAAUCUUAACCAGGGCCCAAGGAGUAAAAUCAGCCUGAGACUGUAGUCAUUCUACUCAGCGUGAUGCGGGGAUUUGUGCUUCUCCAGGAGUUACUAAGCAGCUCAUAUGCUUCCUCUCCUUUGCUCCAGUUUGUGUGAAUGAGUUUUUGCCUUGGUUUCCCUGUCUAGCCUCCCAGGCCUUUGUAGGCCCUAGAGCACUGCCCACAAAAUUCCAGCCUGAGUGCCAAGCAUGUUGACUUGCUGCCUGACUCCCUGGUCCUCCUGGCAGGGGUAGGCUCCCCCUGCCAUCCAUGUCUGGAAACAAGGCACCAACCUGCUCAGGACUUCCCAGAGCUGUGCUCUCUAUGCCUGCAUCUGCCCAUGGCAGCAGACCACUUCUAGUAUUAACAGGCCUGAGCUUACUGGACCCCUUGGGCUUCAUUGUUGACUUUGUAGGUGGGUGAGUCUUCUCUUUAUUUUAUUAUUAUUAUUAUUUUGACAGGAAGAGUGGACAGUGAGAGAGACAGAGAGAAAGGUCUUCCUUUACUAUUGGUUCACCCUCCAAUGGCUGCCGCAGCCGGCGUGCUGCGGCCGGCUCACUGCGCUGAUCCGAUGGCAGGAGCCAGGUGCUUCUCCUGGUCUCCCAUGGGGUGCAGGGCCCAAGUACUUGGGCCAUCCUCCACUGCACUCCCUGGCCACAGCAGAGAGCUGGCCUGGAAGAGGGGCAACUGGGACAGAAUCCGGUGCCCCGACCAGGAGUAGAACCCGGUGUGCCGGCACCGCAAGGCAGAGGAUAAGCCUAAUGAGCCGCGGCGCCGGCCGCGAGUCUUCUCUUAUGGACUGGAGGGCCCCUGAUGCUCCCAGAUCCAUGUCCUUUUCCCUCCUGAAGGCUUGUGUCUACACCACGAUGAAUAGCCAGAUCCUCUGAGGAAGUUACUUCAUGUUUGAAAACCACCCAUCCCAAACCCAACUCUGCCUUGUGAGUAUGGGUGUUGGUGUGAAUUUUAUCUUUGAAUGUGCAUAAAUCAAAGAAAACUAACUGGGAAAAAUAAAAUUAGUCAAUGAGUUCAGGGAUGAUACAUCGAAAGGAACAUGAAAAAAAAGCAUACAUUUCAGAGAGUUGUGUUGCUACCUACAAGCCGAUGGGACUUUCAGGAUGGCUGCACUUUGCAGAUGGAGUGUGCAUGUGAUAGCAGUCAAGAAGGCUUGGGAAUAUUGUAUCUUUAAUCAUUUCUCAGUCUUGAUCUUCUGGCUAUGAUACCUUUAUUUGGACCAUGGUAAGCCAGAAGCUUCAUAGAAAACAGCUCUUUGAGUUAAGGUUUGCAAACUAAGUAAGUAUCCACAUUUUAGUGUCUUUCUCUAACCAGACAGACAUACAAAAGAGCUCUUUGUGAAAUACAGAAUUAUAGAAUGCUCAGGGGAAGACAAGGAUUUGCCCAGCCUCGCUGGAGGCUGGGGUCUUCUCUCAAACCCUCGCAGCCCACCUGUGACUGGCUGGCUGUUCGUAGUCUUACCUCUGCUGGUGACAGAGCUCAUCAGUUGUCAAGAAAGACCAUUGCAUAAUUGAUUGUGGUGUUAGAUGGGUCUUGCACGGAGCCCAAAUGUGUUCCCUUCCCCUACUUUUUUUUCAUGCUUCCCUUUAGUGCUGGAUGGAAGCAAAUCCUCACUUGCACCUAGGUUCUCUAGAAAUCAAAGCCCAAGGCAGAAAGAAGGCAUAGGAGUAGGGCUAAAGAGGAGUGGGAGAUGGAGAAUCUCUAUCAGGGAACUUAUGUCACUGAGGGUGACCAACUUCUCAGUCUCCUAAACUGUGCCUCAGAGAGGCCCCACCAAGCCCAGGGUGUUCCAUCUGCAGUGGAAAAGGGGGCUACUUCACUUGCUGGUUCCCAUGCUAGAUGGGGCUGCCAAUUCCUGGGCAUUCUAGGCUCAUGCAUGUGCGAGCAUGGACACAUGGUGACCUGUCCAGGCAUGUGGGUAGGGGUAGGAAAAGGGGAGGUGGCACUUUCAGCCUGUGCCUGUUGAAGUUGGCCACAGCUCUGUGGCCAUGGUUCUUACAGCUCAAACUAAGACACUUGUGAGUGGGGGCAUAACAAGGAUCCGAGGACAACAGAGGUGGACAAAGAGAUGGAUCUGGGCCCACUGUGAUGUGACUGCCACCCACCUCUCCAAAGCCCACAAAGAGCUCAAUCAGACACUCCUGCAGCCUUGAGGCCCUAAAGGGGUGCAAGCAGCAGGUGAGCUACUAAUGGACCACAGGAGGGCAGAAUUUUGAUGGAUUCCAAUGUUGAAAGUUUAGGGACAAGGAAGAGCAGGAGAGGGCCUCAAGGGAAAUUCAGACAACAUGGCUUAUGGUAUAAGGUAUACAGAGAGCAGUUACUCAGGAACAAGGUGGGUAAUUCCGUGUAAGGCUGCUGGGAAGUCUAAAGGGAAAAGACAGCGGAAGGAUCAAUGUGCGAGUCACUUUGGGCCCAAAGAAGGGCUGUUCGGUGGCGAGAAGCAUGCUUGGAGGGGAGAGGUGUGAGCCUGGUGGAUGGGUGAAAGCCAGUGGUCAGCCCGUUCAGGAAGAAACAGCGUGUGUGGGAACUGGAGGGAGGGGGUCCUGCUGGGAGAGCCUAAGGUUAAGAGGAGGAAGAGGGUAAAUGGAGUAUGGUUCCUAGGAAGGCACAAUGGGGACAGAACUCAAACCCCGGGGCUUAGUAGGAAAGAGAACGGAGCGGAGGGCACUAGCUUCUCUGUAGUAUUUGAGAUAAGACCACCAGCCAGAGCACGCUGCAGAAAGAGGUGGAGGUUUGAGGAAAAUGGAGACUGCCUGAAACCGGUCUGGGUGGACCAGCAGAGUUUGGGAAUCUUGAUGCACUUAGAAGAAAAUUUCUCUAAGAGGCUGCCGAGCUGAACGGGCAGCUGAAAAGCCAGGACACUUUCUUGGGCUGUCCUUUAACCCCGGAUGUUCAUCAAUUUCUUUCAUGGCCCUGGAAGCAGUUCUGCACUUCCGGAAGCUGUUCUGAAAUUCCUGGAAGCAGUUCUAGACUCCAUCUCCUAGGAGCGUUUUGGGGGUGGAAUCCCUGGAACUUCCAACUGAUUCAGCCAACGUGGUUUCACACAACUCUCGUCUACUCCCAGUGUGGGGAUCUGAAAUGUGGCUUGAAAGUACACCCGAGUUUCUGGGAAUGUUUGUGACCCCACAGUGGAAGCCAUAGAACCUCCGAGAAUAGUGUAAAGUUGCAGCAAGCUCAAGUGUUUAGCUGCAUCAAUAAGAAUACAGCAGCUGGUGAAGCACUGGGAGAGAGAGAGAAUUCUAAGUUCUUGAGCUGAGAAGUUACAGAUUUCCUGGACAAAGUUUCCUUACUUAACCAUAUGGCCAAAGUCAACAAAUCUCCUGCCUAGGCUUUGAAGCCUUUCAUGUAUUCCUUAACGCAGUAAAAGGUGAGCCCCAUCUUUUGGCAAGACUGUAAGAUCAUACUUAAGCCAAGACUGUGAUCUUAGGUGGUGACAGCUCAAGAUCUACACUGCUGAUCAAAGCAGCUGUAACUAUGUUGAAGGCAGAGUGGACAGUGAGAAAGAGAGAGAGUUUAGAAGGGUCUUCCUUUACCGUUGGUUCAGCCCCCAAUGGCUGCUGCGGCCGGCAAACCGUGCUGAUCUGAAGCCAGGAGCCAGGUGCUUCUCUUGGUCUCCCAUGCAGGUGCAGGGCCCAAGCACUUGGGCCAUCCUCCACUGCACUCCCUGGCCACAGCAGAGAGCUGUCCUGGAAGAGGGGCAACCGGGACAGAAUCGAGUGCCCUGACCGGGACUAGAACCCGGUGUGCCGGCGCUGCAGGCGGAGUAUUAGCCUAUUGAACCGCGGCGCAGGCCUCAAUGACAUUUUUAAGAAUCACUCUGAUAGGCUUCCAUCGCAAAGGAUUAAGAGGAAGAUCCUUACCCAAAAAGUGUCUUGGACUGACUGAAAAUAACCUCCCCCAUCAGGUCAGUUCAUUCUUUUGAGGUUUGGGAAACUGAGGUCAGAAUCGUUUUUAGCCCGCAGGUCUUCCAAUUCAGCAACAUAGUGUCCGAAUGAGGUGUCAGCAGGCUGAGGGCCGGGUUUUCCCUGCACGGAGCAGCCAAGCUUUCUAGCCGGAAACCCCUGCACCUGCAACCAAUGGGGGCGGGGGGGCACCCACGCGACCCCCUGCCAGCUAGGGAGGCACUCGCGGCGGCCUCCCCCGCACACCGCCCGCGCGCGUCCAGGAGACAACCGCGUCCACGAGCAGCUCCUGCAUUCGGAGGCGCGGUCCCGGGAUGCGGCCCGCGGCCCUCGGCGGUCGCGGUCCCCGAGCGCUCGGGAGGGGCGGCCGGCCGGGUGGGGGUGUCGCCGGCCCGCGAGGGCCGCGGAGGACGCGGGCUCGGACGCGGGCGGGAGCCCCGCGCCCCGGGGUCUUCGCAGAGGGGUGGGCGGGGCGGCGGCGAGGGGGCGGUUCCGCGCCGCCGGCUUCCCCUGCCUGGCGCCGCGACUCGGGGCUGAGAACUUCUCCCCGCAGCCGCAGCGCCCCGCGGCUUCCGCACCUCGUCCGGGCCCGCCGCCUCAGCCUCCGACUGCGGCCGCGCUUCGCCAGCUUUACGAAGGAGGGAAAAGUGAGCCGGGUGGCGGCGGCGAGCGCGGAGCCUCCACAGCGGCGGCGAGCGCGGCCGCCCCCGCACCACGUCAAACACCCCCGCCGGUCAGCCCAGCCGCGGCCCAGGCCCGAACGGAGCCCGCCCGGGCCGCUCGCCCCCCGAGCCCUGCGCGUCGCCGCCGGCCGGCGAGGAGGUGGUGAGGAGGACGAGCCGGAGGCGCCGCCGUCCCGCGCCGCGCGCCCUCGCCGCUGUCUGCGCUCCGCUCUGGACCAGUUUGGGGAAGUGGCCUGGGCCCGCGUCGUCCAGCUGUGUGACCGGAUUGAGCCGCAGCCGGCCGAAAAGAUCGGCACGUGAAGAAGUUGCGGAGAACCUUGUCGGAGAGUUUCAGCCGCAUCGUGUUUGAGAAGCUCUAAACAUGCUCCCCAUGUAUUUGCUCUGCACCUGGCCUCCACAUGGAUUACCUUACUUAGCCACGAGGUAAGUGCUCCCUUUUUGGAAGCCCUCCAGAGCCUGUCCCUGUUGCCUCACUGUUGGUUUCCACCCUGUCAGGCUUGAGUUAGUCUUUUCAGCUGCGCAGCCUUUGGAGGUCAUGUUCUUUAGCGAAGGGAAGGUUCAGUCUUUUUCAGGAGAGAGCUUUAUGAAAACAACUAAUUCACAGUUGUGACAACUGGAACCACCACAGUGGGAGUACUGUUAGCUCCAAGCAUAUACAGAUAAAAAACUCUUCCUUAAACUCUUGUGGCCCUCUCCUCAAAUUUGUACCUCCUCCAGGUGUGGUGCAUUUGGAACUUGCUUUAUUCACCAUUAUAACUCUUGAGUUAGCAACUCAUUUCUGGGUCCUUGAAUUCACAUGUUUCUUCAUUAACCUUUUAUAUAAGGGGCUCAAAAUUUCCCCUGGAAGUGUUUUUUUUUUUGAAAGAAAUAAUGGGGAGAAACACUAUCUGAAUGAAUUGGAGUAAUUGCAAGAGACUUGAUUGAAUGUCAGUGCUAUAUAUAUAUAUAUAUAUAUAUAUAUAUAUACUGUCCUCUCACUCUGACCAGCCUGAAAUAAGUCUCAUAAAAGACACAAGCCCUGCUGUGUUCUGAUAACCCUCAGCUGAUGAUGUUGCAUCAGUGUGGACAGUGUUAAUAACAUGUGAGUAUGUGCACACUUAUGCAUGUGCACACAUGCAUUGAAGGGAAACCCAGCCUGUGGUCACAGGCCUGGCUCUGGCUUUGCUGUGGCUCCCAGGGAAUGCCAGAUGUGGCCAGCUUUGAUAGCAUGAAUUCAGUAGGAUUGCUUAGCCUAAGGACCCACUAGGAACAUCCUAGCAAAUAUGACAUUAAUGUGGCUAGAGUUGACACAACUGAAGCCUGCUUAUACAAAAGUGGUAAUGACUCAGGCACCUAGUGUGGACCUUCUUCAGCAGGUCUGGAUCAUGGCUCUGUCACUGAUGAACACUCGGGGGCCCAGAUGCAAGAGAAUGUCUACCAUGGGGACCUCCACCAGGUGUCUAGCCUAUAGCCACAGCAAAGGCCACAAAGAACUCCUUGCAAUUUGGCCCCAGGUAAACCAAGGAGUCAACAUCAUAACCUUAGGAGACUCUUGAGAUUUCACAUCUGCCCAAGUAUUAUCUAAUCAGUGUUGACUAUUUUAUGUUUUAGAGAAAUCAUUGAAUCAUACUGGGACAUCCUUCUCCUGCUUUUAAAGAAUAGGUGGGGGAGGGAAAGGAAAUGAAGCCACCCAUCAGAUAGCACAGUAGUCUCUGGUGACCAGCUGGUUUGACAGAUUUUGAAGACAGUCACAGAAGCUCCUUCAGGCCAGUUUUUAGCAGAAUUUCUGGAAGCUAUAUCAGAAGUGCACAGCUAUGCACACUUGUAGGCAACCAUGAAAGGGCACUCCAGAUCCAUGUAAGCAGCAGCUCUGUGAGUCUCUGGGGCAUCCUAAGGAAUUUGAGUACCAUUCCCCAUUCCAAUGAGCAUGGACAGCAUAUCUUACGGGAAUUCUCUUUGUUCAAAAUGCAGUUCUGCCUGUCAUAUACUGAGUGUCUCUGGACUUCUAGUUUUGACAGUGGUGACUUUGUGACAGGUGAAGAAUGGAAUGGUCUUCUCCAGGGACCAGGCUUCAAGUAAGGUCAUCUUGGGAGUGGACAGUGAGAGAGAGAGAGAGACAGAGAAAAAGGUCUUCCUUUUCCGUUGGUGGUUUGGCGCGCUGCAGCCAGCACACCACACUGAUCUGAAGCCAGGAGCCAGGUGCUUCUCCUGGCCUCCCAUGGGGUGCAGGGCCCAAGGACUUGGGGCAUCCUCCACUGCACUCCCGGGCCACAGCAGAGAGCUGGCCUGGAAGAGGAGCAACCGGGACAGAACCCGGUGUGCUGGCGCCGCAGGCGGAGGAUUAGCCUAUUGAACCAUGGCGCCAGCCUAAAAAUGAAUCUUAAUGGAGAAUGGAACUGGGCAUGGGAGAGGGAAGAGGAGGUGAGAUAGGAGUGGGGAUGGAAAGGUGGGUAUGGGCAGAAGAACCAGUAUAUUCCUAAAGUUGUACCUAUGAACUUUGUACUCAUUAAAUAAAAGAUUUCUUUGGAAAAAAAUCACUGGGAGCCAAAAUGUUGAAAGUGGGGGGCGGGGGGAGGUAAGUUUUUUUUGGUGGAAGUUUUUUGGAAAUUAAUACAUAUGAAGGAUCUUCAAAAAGUUGGUAGAAAAUGAGUAUCAUAAAAAAUCGCUGCAAACAAAAUAAACUUAUAUUUUAAUUUCAUUUUCAUCCAAAUGUUUUGAAGGACAUUUCAAAUCCCCUUUCUACUUUCAGUCAUGAUGUAAUUGAUAAUGUUCAAGUUUCAGCUCCAACUGGUGCUUCUUUUGACCAAAAUUAGUUAUCAGACAUUCACUAUGGCUGAAAAAAAUUAGGAAGAACCAUAAGGAGUCCAAGAGAUAAAGCAUGGCCUGGCCUGAAAUUUCUCAUCUUCAAGACCAAUGUGCCAUAUUUUUCAUGGUCUGCCUUUGUUCCUUUUGUUUUUUUAUUAUUUAUUUAUUUAUUUAUUUGAUAGGUAGAGUUACACAGUGAGAGAGAGACAGAGAGACAGAGAGAAAGGUCUUCUGUCCAUUGGUUCACUCCCCAGAUGGCUGCUAUGGCUGGAGCUGCGGUGAUCUGAAGCCAGGAGCCAGGUGCUUCUUCUUGGUCUCCCACACAGGUGCAGUGGCCCAAAGACUUGGGGCAUCUUCUACUGCUUUCUCAGGCCAUGGCAGAGAGCUGGAUUUGAAGAGGUGCAGCUGGGACUAGAACCAGCACCCAUACGGGAUGCCAGUGCCACAGGCGGAGGAUUAACCUAUUGUGCCAUGGCACCGGCCCCUCCUGAUGUGUUUUUGACACCAGCACCAUUGCCUGCAUCAUUUGUCCUUGAUCUCAUCCCCAGACCACAUCUGAUGCAGGUGACUGGAGAGGACAGUCAGAAUUACUAGGAGAUACUGCUAGGCCAACAUAAUCAGAGUGAGAGCAGUGGUCAGAUGGCUGGAAGGCCAAGAGCACAAUCCAAAAGAUGCAAGGGAUGGAGCAGGCAAGAACUCAAGUCAAACAUCCCCUGUCACACUGAAGAGUUCUCCCGAGAUGAGACGGCAGCAUCUGCUGUCUCUCAUUGCCUGACACAUGCCUGACACAUGCCAUGUUGAUAGGGAAAGAUCAAAAUUGUCAUUUCAGUAUCAUAUGGGAAAUGCUCUUCUGAAACCAAAGAAUUCACAAAAACUUGAUAGGACAAUUUGAUGAGAGAAAGAAACAAAGAUGUUUGAAAGGAACUCAAUAGCUCCUCACUGAUGAUUCCUUGCUAGUGACUCUGUUCAUUGUUUGCUGAGGUUUUGUGGUUGUGUACUUGAAUACAAAAUGAAACAUACACAUUACUGUGAAGGAGGAUUUCGGAGGAUUUUACUAUUAAUGCUCAGACCUGCAGCCUUCCCUAAUGAUUGGUCUUGGAUGAAUGGAGCUGCCUCCACAUGGAGGAACCCUUGAUUUUUUUAACCAUUUCCUGCGUUAUUUAGCCAGCAACUGUUUGGCAUAUGGGUAUCAAGGUCAUGUAUUCUUGCUCUAUGACUGAGCAAACUGUGGGAUGAUUUAUUGUCCGGACUUCCCCAGACUUCAAGGGAAACCACAUCGUUUUUACCUCCUUGAAAGGGCUCCUCCCAAACUCUUACAGGUGCCUCAUGAGAACCCUUAGUUCAUAAUGGCUUGCACCAAAUAUCCCUUCUUGGGUUCUGCCCUUAGGUGCUUGAUCUGUGACACUACCACAAUCUGCUCUUUGAAUGCCCCCACACGCUAGCCACCAGCUGUAUUGAAAUGAACCUCUUAGCACGAUACAGGCACAACUGCAGACACACUCGGUGCUUGCUAGAGAAGAAUCAAACCAAACUCAAGUCUUUCACUCAUCUGCAAAUUAUGUUCUGAAGCUGUUAUUUGCAGAGCCCAUUAUCUCUGGGUACUGUAAGUUGAGUAUCCCUUUUCUGAAGUUCUUGGGACCUGAAGCAUUUUUAGAUUUCAGUGUUUUUCAGAUUUUUAAAUAUUUGCAUAUACAUAAUGAAAUAUUUUGGGAAUAGGAUACAAGUCUAAACACAAAAUUCAUUUCUGUUUCACAGACAUGAGUAUAUCUAUGAAGCCUGAAGGUAGUUUUAUACAAUUAUUUUAGUGCAUCUUAGUUUUGAAUAUGACCAUCACAUGAAGUCAGAUGUGUAAUUUUCCACUUGUAGUAUCAAGUUGAUGCUCAGAAGGUUUAAUAUUUUGUUGCGUAUCGGAUUUUGUAUGUUUGGAGUAAAUAUGCUCAAUCUAUAUAUGUUCCUUCUCUACUUCUGUCUUGAUCAACUCUCCAUACUUCCAAAAGGAGAAAAAGAUGAACAAAGACCUUGUCAUUCAUGUGUUGGUCAUGAGACUGGGAGCUUGCAUGGUAUGAUAAAAUAACUGAAAGGAAUGGUCACUUUCAUCACCAUUAACUUGUUGACUAGUUUAUUGAGUUAUAAAGUGAGUUUCUGGCCACAGUUCCAUCCUCUGGGAGAAUUUUAUUUGGUCAUUAUUCUUCCUGAAUAUACAGGGGGUCUUCAGAGCAGAGGGAUGUUGGUCUAGUUGCAGCUGAUCUCAACUUCACUAACACUUGUGAUUGGAGGCUGUAGUGAAUGCAAUUUGGAAGGGUUUUUUGUACAAUACUGUUCUUGUAAAGACCUAGUCAGUUGUCUGUAUUUGCUGAAGACUGAUGUCAGGUAUAUGGUUGAAGCAUCUUUGUGAAUCUUCUGGAUGGGUACAUUCCCAGGACUAAACCAUAUCUGUGGAGCUUCUGAUUUUUGGAAGAAAUUCGGGGACUCCACCUAUUUAUUAUUAUUUUUUCUUUCUUUCUUUUUUUUUUUUUGACAGGCAGAGUGGACAGUGAGAGAGAGAGACAGAGAGAAAGGUCUUCCUUUGCCGUUGGUUCACCCUCCAAUGGCCGCCGCGGCCAGCGCGCUGCGGCCGGCGCACCGCGCUAAUCCGAUGGCAGGAGCCAGGAGCCAGGUGCUUUUCCUGGUCUCCCAUGGGGUGCAGGGCCCAAGCACCUGGGCCAUCCUCCACUGCACUCCCUGGCCACAGCAGAGGGCUGGCCUGGAAGAGGGGCAACCGGGACAGAAUCCGGCACCCCGACCGGGACUAGAACCCGGUGUGCCGGCGCCGCUAGGCGGAGGAUUAGCCCAGUGAGCCGCGGCGCCGGCCUAUUAUUAUUUUUUCUUAAUGAACUCAGAGCAUGAGUUAGAUAUGGUGGACUAGAGUUUUGCCAUGGGGUUCAGAGAGCUUAUCUUCUCAAAUCAGCUUUGGAGUACUGCCAAAUUGUUGAUCAUGGAAAAGGAAGGCAUCAUCAUUUGUACUUGGGGAUGGAGAAAGUCCAUUGUGAAAAGUUUGUGUCUUAAAAUGAGGACAACAAUCUCUCAUCAGUUAAUCAGAGAAUUAAGAGAUGAUCACAUUCUAAGGAGUUAGAUAGCUACAGUUACAAAUGGCCUCUAGUUUUCCAAACUUGGAUGUGGUGUCCUCCUGGUUCAGUGAACUGUGUUGAGACCAGGGGCACAGUCCUGAGUGCAAGUUCAGGGGCUGUCUUUAAACCAGGCAAGCACUCUCAGGACCUGCAAAUUUCCUUCACCACUUUACUCCCCCAACAUACUUUACAACUGUGUCAUUAGACUCAGAAUUUCUACUCAUUAAAACAUGCACCCUCUGAGGAUUGCCCAAGUGCCCUUGCAAUUAGCAAAGCUUCUGUAAAUAGUUAAUGGAACUAAUCAGACUUACAACAGAGACAGCAACGUUGCUUUCACAAAGUACUUCAUGGCUAUCAAUUUAUUUUCAUUUCUUGUUGCAUUUUUAUUUAAACCAGGCCUCAAACAAAGAUGGAGAUUGGCAAACUUGCAUCAGUCUUCUUGGUGUGAUUAUCUUUGAUAGCUGCUCCAGUCGUGGCAGGUUCAUAGAGAGCCACACAUACACAUACACCUGCACACCAUGGAGCCAGUGUCAAGUGUCUUCAGACUUCAUGUUUUCCUGACAGCCCUAAGGACUCUGUCUUGGACUGUGGUUCCUGGGCAAUGUGCCUCCCCUCUGAUAUUGCUUAAAAAAAAAAGCCUCUUAUUUUUUAACAAUAUUUAUUUUAUUUAUUUAAAAGACAGAGAGGCAGAGAGAAAGGUCUUUUUUAAAAAGAUUUAUUUAUUUAUUUGAAGGUCAGAGUUACACAGAUAGAAUGAGAGGGAGAGGAGAGAGAGAGAGAGGGAGAGAGAGAGAGAGAGAGAGAGGUGUCUUCCAUCUGCUGGUUCACUCCCCAGUUGGCCGCAACUGCUGGAGCUGAGCCGAUCCAAAGCCAGGAGCCAGGAGCUUCCUCCGGGUCUCCCAUGUGGGUGCAGGGGCCCAAGGACUUGGGCCAUCCUCCAGUGCUUUCCUAGGCCACAGCAGAGAGCUGGAUCAGAAGUGGAGCAGCCGGGACUUGACCGGUGUCCAUAUGGGAUGCUGACACUGCAGGUGGCGGCUUUACUUGCUAUGCCACAGUGCCAGCCCAAGAGAAAGGUCUUGCAUCUGCUACUUCUCUGUGUAAAUGGCCGCAUUGGUUGGGGCAGGGCCAGGCUGAAACCAGUAGCCAAGAACUCUAGCUUGGUCUCCCACGUGGGUGGCAGGGGCCCAAUUACUUGGGCUGUCUUCUGCUGCUUUCCCUGGCCCAUUAGCAGGGAGUUGGAUUGGAAGUGGAGCAGUCAGGACUCAACCUGACAUUCUGAUAUGGUAAGCUGUUGUAACAGGUAGCAGCUUAACCCACUGCACCAUGAUGCAAGCCCCUUAGAAAAACUCAUUCCAACCUGAUCUAAGCAGCUACAACGUCAAACCUAACACCAGAGACCUUUUAUUGUUGGUAAUCAUAAUAGAAUACAUGCUCUAUGGGGACAAGGAUUUUGCUUGAUUUGUUGGUAUGUCAGCACCAUCUAGAAUAGUGCCUAGCAUAAAGUGAACACUCACUUGGAGCCAGCGCUCUUGCACAGAGGGUUAAAGCCACGGCCUGCAGUGCUGGCACCCCAUAUGGGGGCUGGUUUGAGUCCCAGCUACUCCACUUCUGCUCCAGCUCUCUGCUAUGGUCUGAGAAAGCAGUAGAAGAUGGCCCAAGUCCUUGGGCCCCUGCACACAUGUGGGAGACCCGGAGGAAGCUCCUGGCUUCAGUUUGGCUCAGCUCUGGCCAUUGUGGUCAUUUGGGGAGUGAACCAGCAGAUGAAGGACCCCUCUCUCUGUUUCUACCUCUCUCUCUCUCUCUCUCUCUCUCUCUCUGUCUCUCUCUCUCUCUUUUGCUCUACCUUGCUCUGUAACUCUGUCUUUCAAAUAAGUAAAAUAAAUCAGUGAGAGAACGCUCACUGAUUUUGCCCUGUGUGGGAUGCAUACAGUUCGAAAGGCUAUUCCUUCAAGCAGUAUCUUUUCUUCUGUACUUGGUGAUUAAAAAGAACGGUGGAUUAGACUGCUGGUCACAGUCUUUGAGGCAGAGGUGUUUAUGGGUAAAUGUAAACUCAUCUUCCCUUAAAUAUCAUGCAUGGAGUUAUUUUCACCCCUGGUUCCUGCCUUUGCACAUACCACUUCCCCUCUCUCCAUUCAUGUUCUUGUUUACUAUCUAUUCUCAUUAAGAAAGAGAAAGUGUGAGUUAGAACUGGGCUGUUUGCAAUUUGUGGACCAGUGAGCCUCCUUCAGACUUGCCAACUGAUGGUCUUGGAUUUUUCCUGAAUCAAUACAAGGGUGGUCUCGCACUCAUUCUGCAUUUGGUCCCUUUUGCUCUUAUUUUUCUUCUGCAGUGUAGAGAGGGUUAGGGGCAGGAACUAAAGAGUAUGUUUUCAGAUCAAUUUGUAAGGCUUUUGAUAUACAGAAUAUUAAUUUAUGACCCAGGUAAUGAAAGUCUGUGCAGAACUCUGCAGAAGGGAAUUCUGUUCAUUUCUGCCAAGACCCAACACUGCUCUGGCCCAACCUGAAUGUCCUCGUUGGGAGGUCGGAUUCCUGUUUUUGUGAUUGAGGACUGAAUUGACGGUAUCACCAAACUCCAAAGCUGUGCUGGCAGCAGUUUUUGAGACAAGUACUGCCCAACCUAUGACCCCCUCCGCACAACAAAUGUAUGAAUUUGUAGGUAUAUAACUUAGAUUAUACAAAGAGUCAGAAAGAGAUGAGCAGGGCUGCAGAUGGCAUUUCUAAAGCUAUUAAAAUAGAAUUCUCUUUCGUGUUGAAAUUUACUGUCAUUAAAUUUAUAUUGUCAAAUUAAUUUUCUUGUGAUCACUUGUAUCUUUGGAGCAUUAAUUUCCAAAAUGUUUUUUUUAAUAAAUCAGAAGCCUCUGAAAAGCAAUUGAAGUAGCAGGUUAAGCUGUUCCCUCCAAGGCCAGCAUCUCAUGUGAGUGUGUAUCAGUUUGAGUCCAGCUGCUCUAUUUCUGAUCCAGCUCCCUGCUAUAAUGCCUGGGAGAGCAUCAGCAGUUGAUUAAAGUGCUUGGAUCCCUAGAAACCAUGUGGAAGACAUGGAUGGAGUCCUAGGGUCCUGGUGUCAACCUGGCCUACCGCUGACACUACUGAGGCCAUUUGGAGAUUAAACCAGAGGCAAGAAGAUAUUCUCUCUCUCUCUCUCUAACUCUGCCUUUCAAAUAAAUCUUUUUUUCUUUGAUUUCUUAAUCUAAAAGUAAAACCAAACCAAACCAUAAUUCUGUAUUCAUUUUGGGGGCAUAAUUUUGUAUUCUAAUACCCAUGUAGAAAUGUUCCUUAUCAUAUUAAAUCCCAAAGAAAUAUUUAUUAAGAAAGUGUUAUUCUUUGCUAACUCACACUAUCCAAAGUUACAUGUCCAGAAGAACCCCUCAUCCACAUUUUUCUUCCCCCCAAAAUCAUUAAUAUCUGAUGACAUCUUACAGAUCUCUUGGGAACACCCUCUCCUAUAGAAGCAUUUUUCAUUUACUUUAAAAAUGAAUCCUGGAUCUGUGUGUUCAUUUUUACAGUAAUUUCCAAGGAAGCAUUGUUGUUAAGGCUACUGGGGCUGAUACUGUUCCCAAAACUGAUCCCUACUGUUGAUGGGUUAAGCUCUUGACUAUGUCUUUUUUUAUUUUUUUAAAGAGAGAGAGACAGAGAGAAAGGUCUUCCUUCUGUUGGUUCACCCCCCCAAAUGGCUGCUGUGGCCUGUGAGCUGCGCCGAUCCGAAGCCAGGAGCCAGGUGCUUCCUCCUGGUCUCCCAUGCGGGUGCAGGGCCCAAGCACUUGGGCCAUCCUCCACUGCACUCCCUGGCCACAGCAGAGAGCUGGACUGGAAGAGGAGCAACUGGGACAGAAUCCGGUGCCCCAACUGGGACUAGAACCCUGGGUGCCGAUGCCACAGGCAGAGGAUUAGCCUAGUGAGCCACAACGCCAGCUUGAUUAUGUCUUUAUAUAUAUUUUCUUGAAUCCUCAUCACAUUAACCAGGAAAGUAUGAAAAUGUGUAUUUCAUCAAUGAGGAAAUUGAGGUUCAGUGGGGUUAAAUAAUAAGCCAGAAGUCCAGAGGAACACAAAUUUCUCUGCAGAGACACAUUUUUGACUGCAAUAUUGCCUUUCCAGGAAUGUUCUAUUUUCCAACACCAGCUCACCCCUGAGAGUCAACCAAUAGAUGGACAUACUCCUUCCUAAUUGUUUAAGAUGAAUAAGGUUCUUAUCUCACUGUCCCUUAAUGUAAUUGCUUGCUGAGUACUUGCUUCCACAUGCAGUAGUAAUGUGAGGGAGAAGGUAGUUGUAGCAAUGUAUAAGCUCCUUAAAUAAUGGAUUAUUAUAAACAGGACACUAAAAGGUUGUGUGUUCAGUUGUUGAUGCAAGCAUGGGGAAAGUGCCUGAUGUUGAAUCACGAAAGAAAGAGGAACUAGCAAAUCAUUUUUUCUGUAAAUUUGCUGAGCAGCAAAUCUGACAAAACUGCCCCUCUAGUUCUCUGGGUGUUUUCCCCAAACCCAUUUUCCCCACCAAUCAGGGUGCCUGAAAGCCAUCCUUAAAGUUCUGCUUGUUGGCUUUGGGCAGGUCACUUCUUUCUGUGCUGCACUAAAACCCAAGUUUGGAGGCUGAGUCCAUUUUCUAGGUCCCAGCACAUCCAAAAAUCCAAUUUAAGCAACUAUACUUUGCAAAACUAACUGUAAGACACUAUAUUUAUUUUUAAAAUAAUUUGUUACAUGUUUUAAGAAUAAAAGACAUUUUUCAGAAUAAUUGCAUAUUAUACUGGACAGUUUUCUUUUUAUCUGAGGAAAAUUGUGCCUCAGUUUCUUUGGAGUUCAGUUUGUAUGAUGUUUAACUUCAAUUAUUGAUUGAAAAUCCUAUAACUUUAUGAUUCUGACAUCAACUGACUUGGGAUAUUCCUGUGUGUAUUGUGACUUCCCUCUAUUCUUGACCAUGUCAUAAGCUGUCUCCAAAAAGUUCAUGGAAAACGCAUGGAUACAGUUUUUUUUUUUUUUUUGCAUUUCAAGAAGUAUAUUUUUAACUCUACUUUCUGAGGAGCUUUUUGAAAUACCUGUAAACAAUCAGUUGCAAUAAUAAUUCCUGUGCGGAUCUGCAUGUGAGGUUCAAAGAGCAGGUUAUAUUCAUUUGGUCAAGAUAAAGAAUUUAUUCAUAGAAGGUAUUCUUCAUGGUCACCAUUAGGUAAUGUCACCAGAAUUAGUUCACCCACAAAAAUGCUGAAGUUAAAAAAAUUCCAAAAUGCACCAGUAGAGAAAUUUAAGGUCAUUUCUGUAGCAUAGAUUAACUUACACGAUGCCAAAAAAAUGCUCUAAAUUUCUCACAUGCCUCAAAGAUUUUCAGCUCUAAUAAAGUAACUAACAGAGAAGUGAAAUCAAAUUAAAAUUACCUGUAUCAGGUUAUAUUUUAAUUUAAAAUUUAUUUGUAUUGGUUACUACCUUUAUAUCAACUUCAGGCUGCCUAAAUCCUAGGUUAUGCAUAUCAGAAACUUCAAUCUCAGAGAAACAAAUUUCCAAAAAGUCCCAGGCAAUUAUCAGCUCAAAUCACAAGAGAGAAAGCCAGGAAAUCUACAAGUUUAUCUUUUAUUUUGAUUAACUUUUGAACCUGUUCUCUGAAGUCUUCAAAUUACCAUCCACACAUAAAGUCUGCAUUAGAAAAUUCUCUAACAGGGUGCGUGUUUUCUAUAUAUUUGUAUUGGAAGUGCCUUGGAUGAUAGGAAUUUCUCCAAGUGCGUUCAGCUAGUUUUUCUCAGAAGGUGAGAGUUUUUCAGAGGCUGUAGCUGAUCACAAAAGAUCCAGAAAAACCUGGCAGUUCUUCUACCUUUCCUGGCACAGGGUUAUCGUUCCAUUAAGUGAGGAUAUUUGUGACUGUGAGCCUUGAAGUAACUUCUUCCUCUGAUUUGAGUAGAACCGAAUGGGCUAUGCUCCUUGAGUCAUCUAACUAGAAAUAUAAAAACAAAUUGACUACAGGAAAAUUUACUUGAAGCACAAUCUCUUUGUUCCCAUCCCUGAAUCAGAACCCUAUAUAAACCUUUCAGGUAUUUUGCUGAGAGCAGGAGGGAGCAGAUAAUUCAUUUUCAACUGAAAAGUAUGUUUGCUAACUGUUCUGGAGGAGUGGAGCCAAAUAGAUAUUUCUUAUAUCCCAAGGAACUAGACUUCCUUGAAUAUUGUUUGUUCAGUCUUCACUCUAAGAAGACUUGUCACCUCCUGAGUAACCAAGUGAAUACUUUUCGACUUGGCUUAGAACCCACUGUUAGCAUUUAGCAUUCUCCAAUCAAUGCUGGAGUGGGCCUGGGGAUUGAUAAAAGUUAAAGUGAAGAAGUAGCAACAUGUGUGAUAGAGAUCUCAUAAAUUUUAGAAUAACUACAACUACGGGUUUUGCAAUGAGUAAACAUGGCCAAAGUUACCUUAAAACCAGAAAUGGUCUGUUUCUUUUUUAGUUUUAUUUAAGGUAUACACAUUUUAUGUAUUUCCUAUAUACAGAUUUAGUGACAUAGUGAUGUUUCCCACCCUACUAUCCCCCCUGCCCAGUUAGAUUUGUGCUCAGAGUCCUUAAAUAUCAGCUAAUUUUAUUUUAGUUUUAUUUUUCUUUUUUUACCAGUGAGGCCUGUUUUUUUGGCCACUGUAGAGAAGAGGCCCUAAUGCUAACCAGUCCUGGCACUGACCACUGCUGUAUCAGUUCUAGGUAGUGGGUAGAAGCUGAGAAAACAGUCACACAUAUUAUUUUUUAAGAUUUAUUUUAAAGGCGGAGCCAAGAUGGCGGAAUAGUGAGGGCGCGCACCGAUAGUCCGGGAAAAUUUAAUUUAAUAAAAGGGGAGUUACGGUAGCCGCAGAAAAAAGAACCAGGAAAAAAUUGCACGGGAAUCGUGAAUCGGAGGACCUACUGGGAGAACAAGGUCGCCCACCGCGCGGAAGCCAAGUCGCGGGACCGAGCAGCAGAAGCCCCAGUGCUCCAAGGGGAGUGCAUGCCACACAGACAACAGCGGGGAGACUUGGGACGCUCAGGGCUCCGAGUCCACACAUCAGCGCUGGAAGGGGAGGUGAGCUCAAUAACCCGAGACAUUGGUGGGGAAACGGGGGUCAGAAUCUAGAGGGGGGCCGGAAAGUGCAGCAAACUCACUACCGGAAAGAAGGAAAAAAAAAAAGCUUCGGGGUUUCUCUUCCCCCUAACCUUGCAAAGGUUACAAGGCUGCAAGGCUAGAAGAAUUCCCAAGAGACAAAGAGCAGGCCUGCUCUCUGGAUUUACAUAUCAAUGGGGGAGAGCUAAGGAACUGAGUCACUACAAUUCAGUAGCUUAGGCAACCCAGUGGGAGUCCAGAGGAGCCAAAGACUGGAAGCUAAAUACCAUCAAUUCUGCACAGCCAUGCCCUGCGGUGUUACUUACCCCCUGAAUAAAUAAAAUAAAUAAAUAAAUAAAAAGAGAGAGAUUUACCACGCAUAACCUGAGGGUGUCACCUUUGCACACCCUUAACCUGGAAGAACCAGGCAGAGCUCUCAGGCCGCACCCAUCUCAAGCCUCCAAGGCUCCUCCAACAGCAGGCAGUCCACUUAACACGGACACAGUAUAAAAAAAAAAAAAAAAGCACAGUGACGCAAGAAGAAUUAACUAUGCCGAGUAACAAACACAGAAAUAGAGGGAGCAAGAUCAACGAUGACACUAUGAUGCCUCCAAAUAAGCAAAACACCCCAAGCCAAGAGUAUGAAGAUGAUGAGAUAGAAGAAAUGCAAGAUACGGAUUUCAAAAAAUUUAUGAUAAGAACAUUUAGAAGUUUUCAAAAGCAAAUCCUUGAACUACAGAAAUCCUUAAUGGACAAGAUUGAAAAUCUCUCUCGUGAAAACGAAAUUUUAAGGAAGAGUCAAAAUGAAACUCAGAAACUAGUAGAACAGGAAAGUGUUAUAGUGAAGAGAAAUCAAAAUGAAAUGAAGAGCUCAAUAGAUCAAAUGACAAACACAUUAGAAAUCCUUAAAAACAGAAUGGGUGAAGCAGAAGAGAGAAUAUCGGACUUAGAAGAUAGAGCACAGGAAAACAUACAGUCAAACCAAAGAAAAGAAGAGGAAAUUAGAAACCUAAAAAAUAUUGUUGGGAAUCUACAGGAUACUAUUAAAAAAACCAACAUUCGAGUUCUAGGAGUUCCUGAAGGCAUGGAGAGAGAGAAAGGAUUGGAAGGCCUUUUUAGUGAGAUACUAGCAGAGAACUUUCCAGGUUUGGAGAAGGACAGAGAUAUCCUAGUACAGGAAGCUCAUAGAACCCCAAAUAAACAUGACCAAAAGAGAUCCUCACCACGACACGUGGUAAUUAAACUUACCACAGUGAAACAUAAAGAAAAGAUCCUAAAAUGUGCAAGAGAGAAACGUCAGAUUACUCUCAGAGGAUCUCCAAUCAGACUCACAGCUGACUUCUCAUCAGAAACCCUACAAGCUAGGAGGGAAUGGCGAGACAUAGCACAGGUGCUAAGAGAGAAAAAUUGCCAGCCCAGAAUAUUAUAUCCUGCCAAGCUCUCAUUUGUGAAUGAAGGUGAAAUAAAGACCUUUCAUAGCAAACAGAAAUUGAAAGACUUUGUGGCCACUCGUCCGGCCCUGCAAAAGAUACUUAAAGAUGUGCUACACUCAGAAACACAGAAACACGGCCAUCAAUAUGAAAGAAGGGAAAGGAAGAACACCUACCAGUAAAAGAGCAUGGGAAGCUCAAAGCAUAUACUAGAAAAUAUUUCCGGGAAAAUGGCAGGGCAAAGUCACUAUGUAUCAAUAGUCACAUUGAACAUUAAUGGUCUGAAUUCUUCAGUUAAAAGACACCGUUUAGCUGACUGGCUCACAGAACACAACCCAACUAUUUGUUGCCUACAAGAAACACAUCUCUCUAACAAAGAGGCAUGCAGACUGAAAGUGAAAGGUUGGAAAAAGAUAUUCCAUGCCAACAGAAACCAAAAAAAAGCAGGUGUAGCCAUAUUAAUAUCAGACAAAAUAAACUUUAAUACAAAAACUGUUAAGAGAGACAAAGAGGGACACUAUAUAAUGAUUAAGGGUUCAAUUCAACAGGAAGAUGUAACUAUUAUAAAUGUAUAUGCACCUAAUUACAGGGCACCGGUCUAUUUAAAAGAUAUGUUAAGGGACUUAAAGGGAGAUUUAGAUUCCAAUACAAUAGUACUGGGGGACUUCAAUACUCCACUCUCAGAAAUAGACAGAUCAUCCGGACAGAAGAUCAACAAGGAAACAGCAGAUUUAAUUGACACUAUUGCCCAAAUGGAUCUAACAGAUAUCUACAGAACUUUCAACCCUACAUCUGCAGACUUCACAUUCUUCUCAGCAGCGCAUGGAACCUUCUCUAGGAUUGACCACAUACUAGGCCAUAAAUCAAGUCUCAGCAAAUUUAAAAGAAUUAGAAUCAUACCAUGCAGCUUCUCAGACCACAGCGGGAUGAAGCUGGAAAUUAGCAACUCAGGAAACCCCAGAAAGUAUGCAAACACAUGGAGACUGAACAACAUGCUCCUGAAUGAACACUGGGUCAUUCAAGAAAUCAAAAGAGAAAUCAAAAACUUUCUGGAAGUAAAUGAAGACAACAACACAACAUAUCAAAACUUAUGGGAUACAGCAAAAGCAGUAUUGAGAGGCAAAUUUAUAGCAAUAGGUGCCUAUACCAAGAAAUUGGAAAGGUACCAAAUAAAUGAGCUUUCAGCGCACCUCAAGGACCUAGAAAAACUGCAGCAAACCAAACCCAAAUCUAGUAGGAGAAGAGAAAUAAUUAAAACCAGAGAAGAAAUUAACAGGAUUGAAUCCAAAAAAAAUUACAAAAAAUCAGGCAAGCGAGAAGCUGGUUUUUUGAAAAAAUAAACAAAAUUGACACCCCAUUGGCCCAACUAACUAAAAAAAGAAGAGAAAAGACCCAAAUCAAUAAAAUCAGAGAUGAAAAAGGAAACGUAACAACAGACACCACAGAAAUAAAAAGAAUCAUCAGAAAUUACUACAAGGACCUGUAUGCCAGCAAACAGGAAAACCUAUCAGAAAUGGAUAGAUUCCUGGACACAUGCAAUCUACCAAAAUUGAACCAUGAAGACAUCGAAAACCUAAAUAGACCCAUAACUGAAACAGAAAUUGAAACAGUAAUAAAGGCCCUCCCAACAAAGAAAAGCCCAGGACCAGAUGGAUUCACUGCUGAAUUCUACCAGACAUUUAAAGAAGAACUAAUCCCAUUUCUUCUCAAACUAUUCAGAACAAUCGAAAAAGAGGGAAUCCUCCCAAAUUCUUUCUAUGAAGCCAGCAUCACCUUAAUCCCUAAGCCAGAGAAAGAUGCAGCACUGAAAGAAAAUUACAGACCAAUAUCCCUGAUGAACAUAGAUGCAAAAAUCCUCAAUAAAAUUCUGGCCAAUAGAAUACAACAACACAUCAGGAAAAUCAUCCACCCAGACCAAGUGGGAUUCAUCCCUGGUAUGUAGGGAUGGUUCAACAUUCGCAAAUCAAUCAAUGUGAUUCACCACAUUAACAGACUGCAGAAGAAAAACCAUAUGAUUAUCUCAAUUGAUGCAGAGAAAGCAUUUGAUAAAAUUCAACACCCUUUCAUGAUGAAAACUCUAAGCAAAUUGGGUAUAGAAGGAACAUUCCUCAAUAUAAUCAAAGCAAUUUAUAAAAAACCCACAGCCAGCAUCCUAUUGAAUGGGGAAAAGUUGGAAGCAUUUCCACUGAAAUCUGGCACCAGGCAGGGAUGCCCACUCUCACCACUGCUAUUUAACAUAGUUCUGGAAGUUUUAGCCAGAGCCAUCAGACAAGAAAAAGAAAUCAAAGGAAUACAAAUCAAGAAGGAAGAAGUCAAACUAUCCCUCUUUGCAGACGAUAUGAUUCUGUACUUAGAGGAUCCAAAGAACUCUACUAAGAGACUAUUGGAACUCAUAGAGGAGUUUGGCAAAGUGGCAGGAUAUAAAAUCAAUGCACAAAAAUCAACAGCCUUUGUAUACACAAGCAAUGCCAUGACUGAGAAAGAGCUGCUAAGAUCAAUCCCAUUCACAAUAGCUACAAAAACAAUCAAAUACCUUGGAAUAAACUUAACCAAGGACGUUAAAGAUCUCUACGAUGAAAAUUACAAAACCUUAAAGAAAGAAAUAGAAGAGGAUACCAAAAAAUGGAAAAAUCUUCCAUGCUCAUGGAUUGGAAGAAUCAACAUCAUCAAAAUGUCCAUUCUCCCAAAAGCAAUUUAUAGAUUCAAUGCAAUCCCAAUCAAGAUACCAAAGACAUUCUUCGCAGAUCUAGAAAAAAUGAUGCUGAAAUUCAUAUGGAGGCACAAGAGACCUCGAAUAGCUAAAGCAAUCUUGUACAACAAAAACAAAGCCGGAGGCAUCACAAUACCAGACUUCAGGACAUACUACAGGGCAGUUGUAAUCAAAACAGCAUGGUACUGGUACAGAAACAGAUGGAUAGACCAAUGGAACAGAAUUGAAACACCAGAAAUCAAUCCAAACAUCUGCAGCCAACUUAUAUUUGAUCAAGGAUCUAAAACUAAUUCCUGGAGCAAGGACAGUCUAUUCAAUAAAUGGUGCUGGGAAAACUGGAUUUCCACGUGCAGAAGCAUGAAGCAAGACCCCUACCUUACACCUUACACAAAAAUCCACUCAACGUGGAUUAAAGACCUAAAUCUACGUCCUGACACCAUUAAGUUAUUAGAGAACAUUGGAGAAACCCUUCAAGAUAUUGGCACAGGCAAAGAAUUUCUGGAAAAGACCCGGGAGGCACAGGCAGUCAAAGCCAAAAUCAACUAUUGGGAUUGCAUCAAAUUGAGAAGUUUCUGUACUGCAAAAGAAACAGUCAGGAGAGUGAAGAGACAACCGACAGAAUGGGAAAAAAUAUUUGCAAACUAUGCAACAGAUAAAGGGUUAAUAACCAGAAUCUACAAAGAGAUCAAGAAACUCCACAAAAACAAAACCAAAAACCCACUUAAGAGAUGGGCCAAGGACUUCAAUAGACAUUUUUCAAAAGAGGAAAUCCAAAUGGCCAACAGGCACAUGAAAAAAUGUUCAAGGUCACUAGCAAUCAGGGAAAUGCAAAUCAAAACCACAAUGAGGUUUCACCUCACCCCGCUUAGAAUGGCUCACAUACAGAAAUCUACCAACAACAGAUGCUGGCGAGGAUGUGGGGAAAAAGUGACACUAACCCACUGUUGGUGGGAAUGCAAACUGGUCAAGCCACUAUGGAAAUCAGUCUGGAGAUUCCUCAGAAACCUGAAUAUAACCCUACCAUUCGACCCAGCCAUCCCACUCCUUGGAAUUUACCCAAAGGAGUUUAAAUUGAUAAACAAAAAAGCGGUCUGCACCCUAAUGUUUAUUGCAGCACAAUUCACAAUAGCCAAGACCUGGAACCAACCUAAAUGCCCAUCAACGGUAGACUGGAUAAAGAAAUUAUGGGAUAUGUAUUCUUUAGAGUAUUAUACCGCAGUAAGAAACAACGAAAUCCAGUCAUUUGCAACAAAAUGGAGGAAUCUGGAACACAUCAUUCUGAGUGAAGUAAGCCAGUCCCAAAGGGACAAAUACCAUAUGUUCUCCCUGAUCGGUGACAACUGACUGAACACCAAAAAGGAAACCUCCUGAAGUGAAAUGGACACUAUGAGAAACGGUGACUUGAUCAGCAUAACCCUGAC